AUAAAAGAAUCUUCUCGCGUUCUCCAUUAUUUCGAGUACAUCAAUUAUCGGCAGUCGGUGAGACCUGAGAGGAGUUGUUCGUUGUUCUUCAUAGCUCAAGGAGAAAAUUUUCAUCAAAGAAUUUCGAUCUCUGUCUGAGCGUUCAUAUAUUUGAGUGGAUAACAAUGGUGCAGAUGAAGCUUCUCGGUGGUCUCGUACUCGCUCUGUGUCUGUUUGUACCUUUGACCUCUGCCAAGUCCACCGAUGUUCACUACUGCAAUAAGAAGGCUAACUAUGUUGUGAAGGUCAAUGGACUCGAGAUAGACCCAUAUCCAAUUUCCAGAGGCAAAAAUACCACCUUCCAGAUUGCUGCAGCUACAAAUGAAGCAAUAAAUGGUGGGAAACUGGUAAUUGAUGUUUCAUACUUUGGAUUUCACAUCCACAGCGAGGACCACAAUCUUUGUGCAGAGACGUCAUGCCCUGUUUCUGUUGGUGAUUUCGUGGUCUCUCACUCCCAAGAAUUACCUGGAAUCACACCGCCUGGUUCCUACACGCUGAAAAUGACAAUGGUUGAUGAACACAAGAAGCAAUUGACAUGCAUUACUUUUGAUUUCAGCAUCGGCUUCAUAGCAGAAGAGAAGGCGAAAGCUGAUAUGUAAAUGCCGAAGGAUUGGUUCCUUUCCCCUCCUUCCAGUCUUUAGAUAUUGUAUAGAGAUUUCCUAUUUUGUAUGUGCCGCUCUACAUAACUUUGCUCCUGUUCUGUGCUUAUCGUAUUAUCCAUAUAAACCACUUUCUGGGCCCAAUAAAUAUGGUUGCCAUUCUCUCCCAGUUGAUUGCAAUCCGGAGCUGUACAAUACAUCAUGUAUUAACCCUCUGAACAUUAUCCAAGUCUUUCUCGCAACAUUUUUCUUUAA